AUGGCGGCUCUGCUGCUGACAGGGGGCUUCAGCGCCCCCGGUGGCACUCCAGGUUCUGUUGGUUCUGCAGGUUCUGUUGGUUCUGCAGGUUCUGGUUCUGUUGGUUCUCCAGGUUCUGUUGGUUCUCCAUGUUCAGUUGGUUCUUCACGUUCUGUGGGUUCUUCUGGUACUGUUGGUUCUCCUGGUCCUGUUGGUUCUGCAGGUUCUGUUGGUUCUCCAGGUUCUGUUGGUUCUCCAGGUUCUGUUGAUUCUCCUGGUUCUCCAGGUUCUGUUGGUUCUCCAUGUUCAGUUGGUUCUUCAGGUUCUGUGGGUUCUUCUGGUUCUGUUGGUUCUCCUGGUCCUGUUGGUUCUGCAGGUUCUGUUGGUUCUCCAGGUUGUGUUGGUUCUCCAGGUUCUGUUGAUUCUCCUGGUUCUUCAGGUUCUGUUGGUUGUCCAGGUUCUGUUGGUUCUUCUGGUUCUGUUGGUUCUCCAGGUUCUGUUGGUUCUCCAGGUUCUGUUGGUUCUUCUGGUUCUGUUGGUUCUUCUGGUUCUGUUGGUUCUCCAGGUUCUGUUGGUUCUGCAGGUUCUGUUGGUUCUUCAGGUUCUGUGGGUUCUUCUGGUUCUGUUGGUUCUCCAGGUUCUGUUGGUUCUGCAGGUUCUGGUUCUGUUGCUUCUCCACCAGGUUCUGUUGGUUCUUCUGGUUCUUUUGGUUCUUCUGGUUCUGUUGGUUCUCCAGGUUGUGUUGGUUCUCUGGGUUCUGGUUCUGCUGGUUCUGGUUCUGUUAGUUCUCCUGGUUCUAUUGGUUCUGUUGAUUUUCCUGGUUCUGUUGGUUCGCCAGGUUCUGUUGGUUCCCCAGGUUCUGUCGGUUCUCCAGGUUCUGUUGGUUCUCCAGGUUCUGUUGGUUCUCCAGGUUCUGUUGGUUCUGUUGGUUCUCCAGGUUCUGUUGGUUCUCCGGGUUCUGUUGGUUCUCCUGGUUCUGUUGGUUCUUCUGGUUCUGUUGGUUCUGCAGGUUCUGUUGGUUCUCCAGGUUCUGUUGGUUUUCCAGGUCCUGUUGGUUCUGCAGGUUCUGUUGGUUCUUCUGGUUCUGUUGGUUCUCCAGGUUCUGUUGGUUCUCCAGGUUCUGUUGGGUUCUGGUUCUGUUAG